AUGGACAAUCUGCGGAAACACAACGUCUACAAUCUGGUGCCCCUCAGCAGCGUUCCCAUAGGAGAGAAGAUCCUCGGAACGAAAUUCGUCUUCAAGAAAAAGCUGGACGGACGCUUCAAAGCUCGCCUGGUAGUCGGAGGACAUCGUCAAGAGCCAGGACAGGACUACGGACGCAGCUACGCACCAGUAUGCCGUAUCGGGAGCAUUCGCAUGACGUGCGCCAUCGGCUGCCACAACAACUGGCCCAUCUACCAACUGGACAUUGUCGGUGCCUUCCUGAACGCCCUCUGCGACAGAGAUGUGUACGUCAGACCCGCCCCCGGUACAUCCGCCAAGAACUCCGCGACGGGAGAACCCAUGGUCGGCAACAUCAUCGUGAUUCUCACGGUCUACGUAGACGACAUUCUCAUCACAGGAGGAGACCAGCAGCUCGUGGACCAGAAGAAGAAGGAGCUCACGGAUCGAUUCGAGAUGACCGACAUGGGAGAGGUAAAGCGGAUCCUCGGGAUCGACGUGCAGCGGGACUACGAGCAAGGAACCCUGGCCAUUUCACAGGAGCACUACGUGAACACACUUCUGGAGCGGUUCGGAAUGCAAGAGGCCAACCCAGUGAGCACUCCUGGAUACGGAGCGGAAAUCUCCACGAAUCAACCUCAGGACCAAAUCCUAGGACCCACGGACAAGAAAAUCUACCAGUCGAUGACAGGAAGCAUCCUCUACCUGGCCCAGUGCACGCGAUUCGACCUCUCCUACGCUGCCCUACAACUUUCCAAGGCCUGCAGCAACCCAGCGCAGGUGAACAUGACAGCAGCCAAGCACGUUCUGCGAUACCUUCGGGGUAAUCCAGUUCUUCCUAUCGUCUACAAGAGAGGACAGUUUCGGCUAGCGGCGUUUACGGAUUCAUCCUUCGGAGCAAACCCCGACAACGGAAGAUCUACCACGGGAUAUAUAUCUCUUCUUUCUGGCUGGAGGACUCAUCAGCUACGGUGCGAAGACUCAAACUCUAACCGCGUAAAGCACGGUCGAAGCCGAGAUUGAAGCGCUUAGGUACCCAGCCAGAG